AUGCCUGUGACUACUGUUGACGUCGUAGACGUUUUGACUGAGGAUGCAUCCGAUGUGCUGACCAAUGUAAACUUGGAAGACGAAGAAAGAGCCGAAAAGAAUCGCGAGAACCAGCGAAAACUUGCGGGUCUUGGAGGCAUUUUGCAAGAUGAAGAUGAAGAUGUGGUUAUGGGUCUCCGGGCGAAGGGGAUUCUGGAAAAGUACGAUGUGGAAAUUAGUGGACCGAAGAAGGCCGAGUUUAUUCUUGAGGCCAACGGCACCUAUGCUACGGACCACGAACGUACCUUGCGUCGACUGCAGGAGGAACUUCAGACUACUCGGCAAAGUCUGGAAGAUCAGGAGUUGCGUCCAGCAGCUGAUUUUUACACAGCGGAUGAGAUGGCUCAAUUUAAGAAGAAGAAAAGGCGAAAGGUGCAGCGGAGGAUUCUGCGCGCGGACGAUUUGAUUCCAGACCCAGGGGCCGCAUCCACCGUCUCCACCGAUCACGGUUCGCGCGGCCGUCGAGAGAUGCAGGAGACGGCUGGGCCGGCGCUGAAGGAGGAGGGUGAGGUGGUGGACGUGAAAAAGGUCGAAGAGGAUAUAAAACCGCCAGCACUCGCUCCUUUGACUGGCUUGAACCCCGCCAUUGCAGCUCUCCUCUCUGUCCAAACUAUUCCUGAAGAGGAAGAGCAGAUCGAUACUGGUGAUGAAGAUGUCGCCAAUCAAUGGUCCGCGGAGCCGCUGGAACCAGACAACCUUCAACUGGAGUUGGAGAAGACGCUGAGUCGUGUUCGCAACGCGAAUCUGGCAAAGUGCGUUCCGCAACCGGAAGAAAGGCUGCAAAUGGUAAUGAAGGAGGUGGAGUCUGAGACAUUUGUUCCGAAGGCACAAAAUGGGAAUUCUGGUGGUGAUGGUGGUGGUCUCGUGUUCGACGCGACGGCGGAGUUCUUUAAACAGAUCUCCGGUGGACUGCAAAACGAUGUAACCGCGAAGAUGGUGAAGCGGGAAGCUGAGGCGGAAUUGGAGGUGGCAGAAGUGGAGGUCCAAAGGAGACAGCCGCCUUUCCCACUUUUACCGUUUUCAUGUUACGGUGUAGAGCACUCUUCCUCGUCUCAUCGUCAUUACGAGGAGAAGGCUUCUAUGAGCAAGUCAUCCGGCAGUAGUACGAGGUCCAAAGAGGGAAAGGAGAGGGAAGAUAUCAGUACCAUCUCCUUUACACCCACUGCGUCCGCCGGAGGAGGAGUGUUUGAGGAGGAACCUGCUCUGAAUCAAGGCGUCUUCUCAGCCCUCCUUCUGGCUCAGAAAAAGGGCUAUGUGGAAGAGGAGAAGGAGAAAGAGCGUCCGAUGGGCCAACUGGUGAACUUGAUGGCUAAACACUACGUAAAGGAGGAUGUUCGCUAUGACGACAUUGACGCGAAGUUUGCCAAACGCGAGCGCUACAAUGGCCCUCUGUGCGAUUUUCGCGAAAAGUCCAGUUAUAAGCCGGACGUGAAACUCUACUACGUGGAUGAAAUGGGCCAAACACCUCGAACAGAUUUUUCUAUAACUGCGGUGUCUGGUGGUCAUGAUGAUGCUCUUGGAGUGAGGCUUGAAUUGGUUGCCCUCGUGAAAGACGAUAAUUUCGAACAGGAUUGA